AUGGAUAUCGACGCAACAGAAACCAAGGUGCAGAUUCGCCUUACGACACGCGAUGCUAGCCUACAGAUUUCGGAGGAGCCGAACAUCCUGUUAGUUCAGACAUCCCUUACACGACACAAGCUUUCAACACUUGUGAACGAACUUUUACAUCGCGAUGACGACAGUCGCAUACCGUUCGACAUCUUGAUCAAUGGCGAAUUUCUCCGGACCACAAUCGACGAGUUUCUCACGAAGAAUGGUAUCAAUGCUGAAUCGACGCUGGACGUUGAAUACACGAGGGCUUUGGUCCCACCACUGAACGUCACAAGCUUUGAGCAUGACGAUUGGGUUUCUGCUGUGGAUGUUCUAUCGGGGGUACAAAGUGGGCAAGAGAGAAUAUUGAGCGCGAGUUACGACGGGCUAGUAAGAGUGUGGAACACUUCAGGCGAUGUUUUGGCGACUUCCGAGGCUCCCAACAACGGUGGUCGCAUCACAAGCCUAAAGACGGCCAAGUGGCUGUCGGAGAAGAAGAUGGUGGCUGCAGGUCUGGACAACACGGUCCGUGUCUACAAGUACGAUGAUGACGCGCGAACCAUUACAACGGCUCUCGAGUUGUUCAAUCAUCGAUGGGGUGUAGAAGACGUCGCGGUUCAUGGCCCGUCUAGCCGAAUCCUUUCUGCUUCUUCGGAUACCACCAUUUCGCUCUUCUCGAGCAAUGCAAAAGAGAACCCAGUCGCACCGCCAAACUUCCUGCCGAGCUCAAAUGCUGCCUCCAACAAGCGACAAAAGCUCUCAAAGCCCGAUCGCACGGUUCCCGCUCGUGGCGCUCUCGCUACGUUUAGCGGUCACAAUUCACCGGUAUCGAGCGUCAUAUUCAAGCCGGAUGAUGCUACAGUCGCAUACUCAGCAUCUCACGACCAUACGCUCAAGACAUGGGAUCUGCCUACCCAGUCGUGCGUUGACACUCGAACGACUGGUCACUCGCUUCUUUCCCUCUGCGCGAUUCCCUCCCGAAAUCUACUUGCAACCGGUACCUCGGCACGACACAUCACGUUGAUCGACCCCCGCGCGUCAGCUACCCAGAUCAGUGUCAUGACGCUCCGAGGCCACAAGAACGGUGUUGUUUCCCUGGACACAGAUCCUUCUUCUGAAUACAAUCUGGCUUCUGCUUCGCACGACGGCACAGUUCAAAUUUGGGACCUCAGGAAUGUUAGUACAGGUGGACAGGUUGGAGAGGGAAUGACUGGUGAAAGCGUGUACACGAUUUACAGGCAAGGACGCGAUGCUGCAAAGAGCCAUGGUGAAGGUGCCAAGGUCUUCAGCGUACGGUGGGAUCGUGCUGUGGGCAUUGUGUCGGGAGGUGAGGAUAAGCGGGUGCAGAUCAACCGCGCUCUUGGCUCUUAA